CUCUUUCGCUGCCAGCGCGGCGUGGCUGCUCAGCACUCUUCAAAAUGUCGUCGCGUGGGGACCGCGAGGAAGCCCGAAUGGCCCACCUGGGCGGUAUGGCGGACCUUGCGAGCAUGGCGAAGAUUUCCAGCCAGACUUCAUCCUGCGAAUAACAGAAGCCAACGUUCCAGUCGCGUGUCAGAAUAGGACUUCAGUACUAGCAAAUGGCACAUCGCCUGGCCCGCCCAUUCGACUUCAGCCUGGCCGGAGAAGCUGGAUUCGCGUCUAUAAUGACAUGGAGCGUUGGAACACCACAAUACAUUGGCAUGGGCUGAGUCAGCGGAUGGCACCUUUCAGCGAUGGCACCCCAGCAGCAAGUCAGUGGCCAAUUCCGCCGGGCCACUUUUUCGACUAUGAAGUGUAUCCGACGAAGAACGAGAGCGGCACCUACUUCUACCACAGCCAUGUUGGCUUUCAGGCAAUGUCUUGUGCAGGCCCACUGAUCAUUGAGGACCCUGCGGAGGAUCAGCCUUACAGGAAUCAGUACGACGAGGAGCGCAUCGUCCUCAUCACCGAUUACUACAACCAGACCGACGAGCAGAUCGAAUUCGGUCUCUUGAACACGACAUUCAAGUGGCCUGGUGAAGUCAAUGCAGUGCUCAUCAAUGGAGUUGGUGUUGCGAAGGGAGAGACAGCUGGCCAAGGCGCUUGCAAGCUGCCCGUGAUUGAUGUAGAGCCCGGUAAGACGUACCGCAUGCGCUUCAUUGGAGGCACCGCCAUCAGCCUGGUCCAAUUCGCCAUUGAAGGUCACCAUAACUGGACGAUCAUCGAAGCCGAUGGUAGCUACACCAAGCCGUACACCCUUCCAAAGGACUUCAGAUUCAUGCAACUGUCCAGCGGACAGCGUUUCGACGUGCUUUUCAAAACCAAGACCGUGGCCGAGCUCAACGGAAAGACCGAUUACCUCAUCCAAUACGAGACCAAAGAUCGACCCGCCGUCUAUCGUGGCUAUGGCGUUCUGCGAUAUUCCGGCGGCAAGCCCAACAUCACCACAGCACCAAGCACACCUCUCUUCAAGCUCAGCAACCACACCUACGACUGGCUCGAAUACGCCCUCGAACCCCUCAAACCCAACAACUUCCCCCAAGCCUCCGAAGUCACCCGCCGCAUCCUCAUCGACAACCGCCAAAUCGGCCUCUCCGCCGAAAUCAUCUGGCAAGCAAACGGCCUCAACUGGACCGAACUCCUCUCCUCCCCCUACCCGGGCGAAGAACCCUACCUCACCCACAUCUACAAAAACGGCCCCUCCGCCAUGCCCAACUACACCGCCGCCCUGCAAAACGGCGGCUGGGACCCUCACUCCCUCGCCUUCCCGGCAAAACUCGGCGAAGUCCUAGAAAUAAUCUGGAUCAAUACCGGCUCCUUGGUGAAAAACGGGGGUGGGCAGGAUUAUCAUCCUUUCCAUGCUCACGGGGCUCAUUACUACGACAUCGGCUCGGGGAAUGGAACGUACGAUCCCAUCGCCAACGAGAAGAAACUCGCGCAUUACAACCCUGUGCUCCGCGACACCACGAAUCUAUACCGGUACAUCGACAAGACCACCGCGGGGAGUCAACUUGGUUGGAGGGGGUGGAGGUUACGAGUUACGGAUCCGGGGGUUUGGAUGAUGCAUUGUCAUAUUUUGGCGCAUAUGAUUAUGGGGAUGCAGACGGUGUGGGUGAUGGGGGAUUUUCAACAGGUUACGAGGAUUCCGCUUUUUGAUGCGGAGAGUUAUCUCACGUUUGGGGGCAGUGCGUAUGGGAAUGAGACGUUUAGUCCGUGGGUGAAUCACUUUUUUGAGGAUGCUGAUGAGGAGGAGGUGUAAGGGAGGGGAGGAUGAUGGGGAGGGGAGGUUAAGGUCGGGAAUGACGGUACGACUUGAUGCAUCCAUCAUAUGAGGCGUUUAAAGGUCUGGUGUACAUAAUCUAGCUCUGGAUGGGUGGGAAGGGGUGUGACAUGUGUAUAGAUAUGAUACCUCAUGUAGCGUUGAAAGUGCAAGUUCGACACGCU